CAGUGUGCUCGUGUUAAACAAGACAAACCUUUUUUUAACUUGUGUUCUCAGAGUCGAGGAAUUCAUCUAGGAAAUGUCAAGCAGACAUCUGUGUUGAAAAAAGUAAACCCUCUGCUGUUAACUAAUGUAGAGACUUGCAAUCCAUCAGGAGCCAAGGUCCACAUAGAUGAAAAUGGAGUUCUUCAUUGGCCAGUGAUGUUUUUCUACCCAGAAUAUGGCGAGACAGAUUUUAUAGAAGCAUUCUGUGAAAAUUCAAGUUUCCUUGACCACUUGACAGUGAUGUUUGGGUGUGAAGGACAGCCAGUUCCCUGGGAUUCAGACUCAAAGUACACACCAGAGUCUGUUCAGAUUUACUUUGAAAAUCGAGAAGAAGAAAAACUGUAUUCAGUACCUCGUGAAACAACAUUGUUAAAUGCAUUACAACACGAAAAGUAUGUCAUUACAGGUGGAAGCCCAAGCUUCAUUCUACUGGCAGUUCCUUCAAAGUUUGCCACUGAAUUUUUGAAAAAAUACAACACUUAAUAAAAAAUAUUUUUAUUUUGAA